AUGCCUUCCCAAGCUGCUCUCCUUAUUGGAGAAAUUACUCACGCGCGCAAGGAGUGGGAGAGUCUCUCCUCGCUCCUGGCCCUCAAGGAAUUCCCCAACGGAACUCGUGAGGAGUUCAUCAAGAACUGCAAGGCUGGUCAGUACGACGACGUCGUUGCCAUAUACCGCUCCAAUACCUCCAAUAAAUCUCUCCGGUACAUCUGCCACAAUGGAGCUGGAUACGAUAACAUUGAUGUCCCCGCUUGCACGCAGAAGAACAUUGCCGUUUCUAGCACCCCCGUUGCUGUAAACAAUGCCACCGCUGAUGUCGGCAUCUUCUUGAUGAUUGGUGCGCUGCGCCAGGCUUAUGUCCCGCAGGCCGCUCUUCGGGCAGGCCAAUGGCACGGAAAGACUACCCUGGGUCGUGACCCUCAGAACAAGGUCCUGGGUAUCCUCGGCAUGGGCGGUAUUGGACGGGAAAUGGCAACUCGCGCAAAGGCUUUCGGCAUGAAGAUCCAAUACCACAACCGCUCGCGCCUGUCCCCAGAAUUGGAGAACGGCGCAACCUACGUCUCGUUUGAUGAGUUGCUGGCCAACUCGGACGUCUUUAGCUUGAACCUCGCUCUGAAUGCUUCAACCCGGCAUAUCAUCGGUGCGCCCGAGUUCAGCAAGAUGAAGGAUGGUGUGGUCAUCGUCAACACGGCGCGUGGGGCUCUGAUUGAUGAGAAGGCGCUGGUCGCGGCGAUUGACUCCGGCAAGGUUGGCUCCGCUGGUCUGGAUGUGUAUGAGAAGGAGCCGCAAAUCGAGCCGGGUCUGGUGAACAACCCUCGGAUUAUGCUGCUGCCGCAUAUCGGUACGAUGACAUACGAGACACAGAAGGAGAUGGAGGUUUUGGUGUUGGAUAAUCUGAAAUUGGCCGUGGAGAAGGGGGAGCUGAUCACCCAGCGGACGGCCUUCGAAAAGCGACAACAUCAACCCGACACCGAGGACCAUCAUUUUCCCCUCGCCAACUCCUUCAAGAUGGUCCGUUACGCCGCUCAGGAGAUCGAAAACGCCAAGAGCGCUCGCGCUCGCGGCUCUUACCUUCGUGUCAGCUUCAAGAACACCCGCGAGACCGCCCAGGCCGUCAACGGCAUGAAGCUGGACAAGGCCCUUACCUACCUCGAGAACGUCACCAAGAAGUCCAUGGCCAUCCCCAUGCGCCGCUACGCUGGCUCCACUGGUCGCACCGCUCAGGGCAAGCAGUUCGGUGUCUCCAAGGCCCGCUGGCCCGUCAAGUCCGCUGAGUUCAUCAUCGACCUGCUGAAGAACGCCGAGUCCAACGCCGACACUAAGGGUCUUGAUACCUCUAACCUGAAAAUCUCGCGUAUCCAAUGCUCUCAGGCCCCUGCCAACCGCAGGCGUACGUACAGAGCUCACGGUCGUAUCAACCCCUACAUGAGCCAACCCUGCCACAUCGAGCUCAUCCUCACUGAGGCCAACGAGCAGGUCGCCAAGGCCGCUCCCAAGGAGGUCGCUCAUCUGUCUUCCCGCCAGCGUGGUACUCAGCUCCGCCGUGCUCUGAUUGAGGCAUAA